AAACAACAGAGCUGCUAAACCCGUUUUGAUGGAUGAAACUCACUUUACAGACUCUUCGGAAACGUUAUAGUGCGGUAUUCCUUUAUUAUAGGGUCCCGUUUAUUGUUUCGUUGUGUUUUCGUUGACGUUUUGUAGCACUUGAAGAUUUUUGUGAGUUUUACUUCCUAGCUGUAGCAGUUGUGAAGCGUAACCUAGCAGCCAAAGCCUCACAGAGACCUCAGGAGUUAGGAUGAGAGUUUACUGACCUUUUUGCUUCAAAACUUCAGAAACGUUUACACGACGUGUUUAAAGCAGCCUACCAAAAUCUACGUUUUAUAUGAGGUUACAGCGGAGCUGAGUAGAGUUAUUUGGUACACCUGACGGCUGCAGUAGCCUUUUAGUCGUUGUCUCGUGAAAACAUUGAUAACCACAGCAGUUGUCCAAAAUGCUGCCAGCCGGCCAUGUGUGGAAUAAAGUGUCAAGAUUUGACCCCUGGAACGUGCAUGAAUGGAAAAAGGACGAAGUGGACGAUGUUGUCCGCACAUUUAUUUCGACAGAAGAAUGGGUGGUGAAGGAUAAAACACCAGAGAACAUUAUUCAAGUCCUGCGAGUGGGUCAGGCGCUGUUGAAGAUUAAAGAUCAGCAAGUUACCAUUGCAGAAGCAUUCUUCGAAGAAAAUAUGGUUAAGCAAGCCAAAGUUGAGGACGAUCUGCUGGAAAAGGUGUCCAGGCUGGAGCAGGAGCUCAGGGCUCAGCAUCUCGGCACCGGGCCAGAAAGCCGCCUACUCAGGGAUGAGAUCCGUGAGCUCGAGGCCCAGCUGGAGCAAAGGGAGAAGGAGCUGACCCAGUUAAAGAGAGAAAUGGGAAAGGAAAAGACAACCAAGGAAGAGCUAAUCGUGCGCCUGGAGGAGGCCAAGGACGAGGUGAAGAAGCUAAAAAGAGAGAAUGAGCAGCUCCAGCAGGAUGUUGACUUCUAUCGCAGUGAGCUGGAUCAGAGGGAGCCGCUCUCCUCCAGAGACGAGAACGCUGAGACUCAGAGGAAGCUCACCUUGGCCAACCGCCAGCUUUACCAGUACUUGGAAGACCUUCAGCGAGUUGAAGAUGAGAAUGCACACCUGAAGACACAGAAUGAGCAAAUGCAGAAGAGCCUGGAGGAAUCUGUAAAGGAGAUGGAGAAGAUGACAGAUGAGUACAACAAGAUGAAGAUUGUUGUGCAGCAGACUGACUCGAUUAUGGACCAGCUCAGGAAAGAGAGGGAUCACACAAAACUUCAAGUUAGAGAGUUAACCGACAAGAUUCAUAACAUGACUGAAGAAAAUGACCCAAUUAUGGCAGCAGUCAACACCAAAGUGGAGGAGUGGAAGAGGGUGCUCUCCAUGAAGGAUGAAGAACUUCUGGUGUAUCAGCAGAUGAUCCAUGACCUGAGGGAGAAGUUGCGCUCUGCCCAGCUGGACUUGGACAAAAGCAACGUUAUUGCUUUGCAGCAGGCUGUCCAGGAGCGAGAUAGUCAAAUCAAGAUGCUGAGCGAGCAGGUGGAGCAGUACACAGGAGAGAUGGAACAACAAGCCCGGCUCAUCGAGGAGCUCAAGACAUCCACGAGCAAAGAAAGAGGCGGGCCUUUAACCUCACAGCAGAAGAGGACAGAGGAGCUGAAGUCAAAGCUGAGUGCUGCAGAGAGAAGAGCCGUGGAAGCAGAGCGAGUGUUAAGACAAGCAGAAGCUGAUGCUGAGGAGAAGGACAAAGCCCUCAUUGAGGCUUCAAACCGCUUGAGCCAAUAUGAGUCUGGUACUUAUGGCCUGGAAGCUGCCAUUGCUGAGAUCAAAGAGUGUAACAAUCAAAUUAGAGUGAGAGAUCAAGAGGCAGAGGCCAUGACCAUAGAGAUCAACCAGCUUGAGCUGAGAAUCAAUGACCUCCUGGAUGAAAACGAGGAUUUUCGCGAAAAACUGGGUCUGGAACCAAAACAGGAAGUGGAUCUGACAGAAUUCAGGCGGGCCAAAACUCUCAGGCAGCGCCAGUACAAAGCAGAAAAUCAAGUUCUUGCAAAAGAGAUUGAACGACUAGAAGAGGAGAGACUAGAGCUAAAGAAACAAAUACGUCGUAUGGCGAAGGAAAGAGGCAUCCCAGUGCCGCUGGAUGAAGAUGUCAGACUCAGCAGAAAGAUGCCGCUCAAACCAGGAGUUUACACUGAUGAAGAGCUCCAACUCAAGAAUGAAUACCUUGAAAAGCAGCUGAGCAGUAAAGAGAGAGAGCUGGAGUGCCACAAGACUGAGUUUCAGGUUAAAGUGGAAGAACUGUCAAAGGUGCAGAGGGAUCUGGAGGCCACGCUGAAAGAUGUUCUUCAAGCUCUGAAGAUUAAUCAGGAGACGAGUGAUGAUGCUGUCUCUGUUUCUAAUCUGAAAAUGCUGCCUAAUGCUGUUGAUGUGAGGAUCAUGGGUGGGCAGCCCGCCUCAGACCUGAAGUCCCAGAUUCAUCAGCUGGUGGGGAGAAACGAAGAGCUGAGACGGGAGCUGAAGUCGGCUCGUGAAGAAGCGACCGGCAGCUUCAGUCAGCUCGUCAGAGCCAAGGAGAAGGUGAACCAACUUGAAGAUGAAUUAGAGCUGCUCAGAAAGUUGGGUGGCAGUGGAGUCCUCCCACGACCUUUGACCCUCCCUGAGGGUCUGGGGCCCAGCAGCACUGAGGUCAUCAGCUCCUUAAAUGAAUAUGCUGUCCGUCUGCUCCAGGAGCUCAGAAACAAGGAGGAAAAAAGCAAAACUCUCACAAGAAGCUUGGAAGAAUACAAGGAGAAAUUUGCUGUCAUCAGCCAUCAGCAGGGACUCCUAUACAAAGAAUUUCUUAGUGAGAAAACAGUGUGGCAGAAGGAGACUGAGACAUUCUCAGAGAUUAAGAAUACGUUGGAGGAGCAAAAGCAGGUGGAUGGUGUCAAAAUCCAGCAGUUCAAUGACCUGCUGGACACUCUUCAAAGGGACCCAGAGGAAAUCAAGAGACAGCUGAGCGAAGCCUUUCGCAAGCUGACCGUCCUGAAGGUUAACGAGAAGAAACUCAUGCGGCGCUACACCAUCCUGCUGGAGCAAGAGCAGCACCUCCGUAGGGAAAACAGCAAGCUGAGGGAUGAGAGUGGCUGCAUGCAAGCCUCAGUCAUCCAGAGGAUGGGCUACCUGCUGCGGUACAAGGAAAUGGCUGCUUACAAGAUGUCUGCUCUGCAGAAGGCCUUGGAUGACAGCGUCCCUGCGUCAGAGCUGGAGAAGGCUAAUAAGCAGUACACCGAGCUAACAGUCAAAUACAGAGACAUGCUCCAGAGAGACAGCUGUCUCAUACAGAGAACCACCAACCUCGAACAUUUACAGGGUGAAAACGACUCCCUUCGAGAACAAAUCUCCUCCAUGAUUAAAGAACUGGAGAUCACGAAGGAGAAACUGAACACGUUAGAGCAAGCGUGGGAGAGCGCUGGCCCGGCUGGUGUGGAACCUGGCAUGGCCAAGUCAGACAAGGCGUCCAUCAACAACGAGAUGCUAUCUGCAGCAAGACAAAUCACUACCUCAGAGAUGAAGGAGCUGAAUGAGAGACAGAGAGCCGAGCAUGCCCAGAAAAUGUACGAGCACACGAGGAACUCCCUCAGACAGGUGGAGGAGCGCAACGCCGAGCUGGAGUCCAAGUUUGCAGAACUCACAAAGAUGAAUGCGGAGGCCCAGAAGACCGAGCGGGAGCUAAGAGAUGAGUUGGCAGACAGCGUCAGCAAAGCUGUGAGCGAUGCAGAUCGAGCCAGGAUCUCAGAGCUGGAGAAGGCGGAGGCCGAGCUCCGCUUCGAAGUCUCCAAGCUGCAGGAGGUGUCUGAUGUGGCGAUGGCUCAGGUGUCUGCUCUGCAGGCCCGACAGAAGUCCAAAGAUACAGAAGUAGAAGCUUUAAGGAGACAAUUACUGGACUUACAGUCCCAGUCCGACGAGAAGGCCCUCAUUGCAAAGCUCCACCAGCACAUUGUAGCCCUGCAGCUCAGUGAGUCGUCUGCUGUGGGGAGGCUGGAGGCCUCCGCCACCCACAUCCAGGCGCUGGAGGCCUACAAGCUGCGUGCCGAGCAGCGACUGGACACUAGCGAGCGAGCUCUGUUUCUCGCCCGCCAGGAGGGCAGGAGCCGCUCCAUGCACCUUCGGAAAACCAUCCAGUCCCUGCGCCGGCAGUUUGCCGGAGCUCUGCCUCUACCUCAGCAGGAGAAGUUUUCUGUGACUCUAAUGAAACUCCAGGAGGACAGAACAAAAGCUCAGGAGGAGAGGAGGAAGGCAGAGGAGGAGAGGAGGGGCGCAGAGGGAAGAGCUGAGGAGCUGGAGCUGAGACUGCGAGGGCUGGAGGAGCUCAUAUUAACACUGAAGGACAUUAAAGGUGCCCAGAAGGUCACUGAGUGGCACAGGAGGAUGGAGGAGGCUCGCCUCCAGGAGCUGAGGAAGGCUAGGGAGCUGGUAGUGCAGAAGGAGGAGAUCUCAUACCUGAAGAAGCUCGUGAAGGAGCAGGACCGAACCAUCAGCUCUCUGGAGGAGGACAUUGUUCAGCUAAACACUCUGCAAGAAGAACGCCAGCUGAGCUGGGAUCAACGAGAAGUCGAGCUGGAGAGACGACUGGAGGGCUACGAGAAGCAGCAAAACGAGAUUCUCAGCAGCACAGAAAAGUGUGAUGAAGCAACAGGAUCCCUCCCAGACCCAGCUCUGCCUCUGGCUCAUCAGUUAGAGUUCGCUUUGGGUAAAAACAGAGAGCACAUCCGCACCAUCUUGGACGUUCAGGCCGCGUGCAAAAGUCUGGACAAGAAGCUGAAGGAGACAGAAGAGUCUCUGCGGAAGGCAGAACAGAACAUCCUCUCCAGGGAUAAGGUGAUCAAUGAGCUGCGUCUCCGACUCCCAGAUUCUGUUGCCAGGGAGCACCUGCUGGCAGAUCUGUCCAAGCACGAGGAAAACCAGCGGGAGAGUCAACCUGCCCUCAAGGUGGCCCACCAGACCAUCAAAGACCUCCAAGCUCGACUUGAUAAAAAAGAAGAAAUGCUAAAGAAGUGCCAGAACCAGCUGGUUCAGGUCCGACAGGGUCAAGAGGAAAUGAUCAGGAGACAUCAGGAAGAGUUGAGAGUGUUGCAUGAGAAGUUGGACGUGCACUCGGACAUCUCACUGGACCGCUUCAAGCAGACAGCAAUGGAGCUGAUGAAGAAGCCCACCAUCAGGGUGCAGACAUCCAAGCAUCUAGAGCGCCUGGCUGAGUUGGAGCAGACGGUGGCUGAGCAGGACAUCUCUCUCUCCUCCAUUAAAGAGAAGCUGAAGCUGACCACAGCGGCGCUGGAGCGACAGAGGAGCAUCACGGAAGCUCAAGCUAAGGAACACGCUAACAAACUGGAAAAGCUGGAAGAGAGGUACGUCGUCCAGCUGAAAGCUCUGACUGGUGAAACUGAGGACCAGAGGAGUCAGAUGACUCAGAUGGAGAAGGAGAUGAACAACCUCCGUAUGGACCUGGAGGCCCAGAAAGAGGCCACGGUCCGCUCCCCGAGCAACACCAUGAAGAACCUGGUGGAACGGCUCAAAGCACAACUCGCCCAAAAAGAAAAGCAGCUGAAGGCUCUCAGUAAGGCGCUGCUGGAACUGCGGGCGGAGAUGACGGCUGCAGCAGAGCAGCAGGUCAUAGCAAAUGCUGCCCAGAGAGAGGAGAGCCUCAAUGUGCAGCUGCUUGUCGACAGACACACCAAAGACCUGAAGGCACAAGUACAUGAACUUAAGGAAGAGCUUCAAGCUGCAAAGGACUUCACUAAGUCAUCCAGAAGUCGAGAGAACAACCUGAAAGAGGAAGUGGAGGGGCUGAAUCAAGACAUCCAGAGAUCUCAAAAGACCCAGAAGCGACUGCAGGCUGAAAAGGAGGAGCGGGAACAAGAAGUCCUGGAACUGAAGCAGCAAGUCAAGAGGCUCACCACCGCCUUACAGAUUCACUCAGAGGCAGCUAGCAAAGGGCCCACCAUCGAGAACCUACAGCGGAAGAUCAGGAGGCUGGAGUCUGACCUGGAGAAAAGAGCCGAAGUCAAAGAGGAUCCCGGAAAGACUAAAGAAGAAAUUGUGCGGUGGGAGGAGAGCAAAAAAUGGCAAGCCAGGAUGGAAAAAGUGAAGAAUUCACUGAAGGAGAGAGAACGAGAUAAUGAAUCGUUGUCAAAGCAGCUCGGCACUCUCAGAGACCUUUAUGCCAGACUAGAGCAGGAAAAGGCUGCACUUCAGAAGAAACUAAAGGCUCGGGGUGUGGCUGUGGACCCGGUGGUGGGGGUGCGAUCCACUGAGAUGGAGAGGGAACUAGAGGAUCUGAGGAGGAAAAACUCAGAGCUGGAGACACAAAUCACAACUUUAAAACAACAGCAGGCCGCACCUUGUGAUGAUGCCACGGAGAAUCUGGUGUUACGAAACCACAUCCUGGAGGAGAACCAGACCCCCAAAGAGUCUCCGUCCAGACCCUCCCCUGAGAAGGGGAGAGGAAUUUCCUCCCGUGCUUUUAGAGGAAUUUGUUCUGUCACUUUUGAUGUCGAGGAUGGGUCGUGUGAAGGGAACGCUGCAGCCCCACCCGCUGAGCCCUGCAGCCACCCACGUAGCCCUGAGACUGCAGAGGAGGGCUGUGGCCACCAGGGGGAGCUAAAGCAAAGCCAGACAGAUAGAGAAAGUGGAGCAGAAGAUGCUUGUCCUGACCUGGAGCUAUCAAACCCUGAAGAUAGCUCAGAUCAGGUUCAAGAGGAGGAAGGGCAGAAGGGAGGAGAUGUCCUAGAUGUUACAGAAGAGGUCACCGUUAGCCCUGAAAUGACUGCGCCUGAGCAGGAAGGAGCACAACCUGCACAAGGCAGUGAGUCGGCUCCAUCAGAGAGGACUGGAUCAACUCUGUCUGAGUCCGACGCAACAGCAGAAGAUGAAAUGAGUCAAGCUGUGAGUGAAGGUGAUUCAGACCCAGAUGAUGCUGACGACGUUGAUGUCACAGUCGCAUCUGAGAUGCAGGAAGCAGCUGAGUUGGAGGAAAAGGAGGAUGCUGACUCCAGCAUCAAACUGAGCAAAGGCCCAGAGAGUUUUGUUGACACUAAAAAGGACAGUCGAGCUCAGCGUUACCUGAAGACUUCAGGCCGAGGCACGGGGACGCCGUCACAGAGAGAUCUGGACCUUUCUAAAGAAAAUCUCAGGUUGGCCUCCGAGAAUCUGGAGCUGCGUUUUCAGCUGGAACAGACCAACAGAGAUUUACCGAGACUCAAGGAUCAAGUCUCCAACCUUAAGGAGUUCUGCGCUGCACUGAAAAAGGAAAAGGCUGAAGUAGAGAAGAGGCUGGUCCACAUACGUGGAGCUGGAAACAGCGGUAAAACAGUACCCGAGCUAGAGAAGACCAUCGGGCUGAUGAAGAAGGUGGUGGAGAGGGUUCAGAGGGAGAACAACACUCUGAAGAAGUCUAGCAGGCCUCCAGAUCUGGACCGAGUCGCUGCUUUGGAGAAAGAAAAUGAACAACUAAAGGCUGACUUUCAGACUCUAAAGAGUCAAAGUGAAGCUGAGCUGAUUUCAAAACUGGAAUCCAAAACUAAAGGCCUGGAGAAGAUAAUGGUGGAAAAUGAGCGUCUGCGUAAGGAGAUCAAACGGGAAAUGGGAGCAGCAGAGAAGAUGAGAGUCACCAAGACAAGCCUGGAAGUGACCAAUGAGAAGCUCGAGGCAGAGCUGGAAGAAACCAAACAAAGACUUCGAGAAGCUCUGUGUAAACCCGUCACAGAGGGCACAGGCAAGGCCUGGAAGGCUUCUGUCGUAACCAGAAUGUUUGAGAACAAGAUGAAGGAGUUGGAGAAGGAGUUAUCUCUAAAGACAUCCAGCCUCUCCGAGCUCAAACUGCAACUGAAGGAGGCGAAGGAGCGCGAGGAAAGAGCUGAGAUGCUGGUCAGACAACGGGAAGAUCAGGUUGACGUGUUAAAAAGGUUUCCUGCUUUAAAGGCUGAUGCAGGUGCCUCCAGUGGGGUCCAGACUACUACCAGGCUGAAGAGCGCUGAGCCAGACGGGGAGACGGCUUCCUCAUCAGAUUACAGAAAAGUGAACACCCUCCUGCAGGCAGCAGAAACGGAGAAGAGCAGCCUUCAAGCGGAGGUCAGGAGGUUGAAGAAGGAGCUGGAGAGCUUUGACCCAACACUCUUGGACGAGCUGGAGGAUCUGAAGUAUAACUACAACCUGGAGGUGAAGAAGAACAUCCUGCUGGAGGAGCAGCUGAAGAAGGUGUGUGACCAGUUUGGGGUCCAGGCUGAGAUGCCCAGCGUGUCCAUCAGUUAACUGAGGGUCUGGCACACUAACGUAGGUUAAAACGCAGCCCUUAUCCUGUUUGUUCCACAAUAAAACAAUGAGGGUUUAAUAUUAAACUGGUUCUUUUAUGUUUUCUAUACAGCAGCUUUUGUCUUUUCUUAACUCGUAGGUUUACAGUCAUUUCUCAUGUAACGUAUUUAUAAGUGUGUCAAUAAAGGAACUGCCUUAAUCUGUCAAA